CUUGAAAUCAAUGGACAAUAGGCCACAGAUCUUUCUCUCUCACACACUGCCAUACACACACAGAGGUCGCCAUGCCUAGAGCAGCAAUUUCACUCAAUUCCCCGUCCAUGUGUUUUUCUUCAUCAUCAUCAUCAUCAAACAAUAUCAAUAGCAGUAACUGCUUAACCACGAGACCAAAGACAACGACGACCCAUCAUCUUCUCCAGAAGAACCAACACCCACUUUACAUUACAACCCAAAGAAACAUCUCCCAACAAUUCAAAGAAAAGGUACUAUGUCUCGAGAUUAUGGGAGUCGAUUCCGGUAGGGCACUUUCUCUAAACCCAUCUCUCCAUUCAACCUCUUUAAACGAUAUUCAUAUCAUCAUCUCCUACCUUCAAUCCAAGGGCAUCCUCCAGAAAGACAUGGGAAGACUCUUCGGCAUGUGUCCCAAAAUCCUCACCUCCGAUAUCAAAACUGAUCUCAAUCCAGUUUUCAAUUUCAUCUCCCGUGAACUAAACGUACCAGAUCAAAAUCUCAGAAAGGUUAUCAACAAAUGUCCCAGAUUGCUCACUUGUAGUGUCAGAGACCAGCUCAAACCGGCCUUGUUCUAUCUUCAGAGGCUUGGGUUCAGAAAUUUAGAGUCUUUGGCUUAUCAUGAUCCCAUCCUUUUGGUUUCUAGCGUGGAGAACACAUUGAUUCCAAAGCUUGAUUAUUUGGUCGGAUUGGGGUUCUCCAGAAACGAUGUGAUCGGAAUGGUAUUGAGAUGUCCCGGUCUGUUUACUUUCAGCGUGGAGAACAAUUUCAUUCCUAAAUUUGACUAUUUCAAGAAUGAGAUGAAGGGCGAAUUGGAUUGGUUGAAGGAUUUCCCUCAGUAUUUCGCUUUCAGUUUGGAGAAGAGGAUCAAGCCUAGACAUGUUGAAGUUGUACAGAAUGGGAUUCUUAACCUCCCUUUAUCUCAGAUGCUUAAAACAACCGAUCAAGAGUUCAACGACUUGAUCAAGGCUAAAUCUCUGCAGUAAUUAACGUUAGUUAACUAGACUGUUUGUUUGUUUUUUCUAAUGUAUGUAUGCAUGUGAAAAUGAAAAAAAACAUUUGUUUUUUACUCA